GAUAAGUAAGAAAAGAGGUUUACAGGUAAGAGGAACACAUUGUUAUCAUCGCCGUCAUCAAGAUGCCGCCGGCCGGAGAACUCCAACAUCAAUCUCCAUCAAAAGACAAACAACCCACCGAUACUCAAUCUGCCGAAGCUGCGGCAGCGAUCGCCGCGGCUGCUGCAGAUGCGGAAGCUGCGGGAUUAUGGACACAGAUCAAGGCGGAGGCUCGCCGUGACGCUGAGGCGGAGCCGGCGCUAGCUAGCUAUCUUUACUCGACGAUUCUUUCUCACUCGUCUCUCGAGCGAUCCAUCUCGUUUCAUUUGGGAAACAAGCUCUGCUCAUCGACGCUUCUCUCCACGCUCCUAUACGAUCUGUUCCUGAACACGUUCACCUCCGAUCCUUCUCUCCGCAACGCCACCGUCGCUGAUCUCCGUGCUGCUCGUGUUCGUGAUCCGGCUUGUAUCUCCUUCUCCCAUUGCCUUCUCAAUUACAAAGGCUUCCUAGCGAUUCAGGCACAUCGUAUCUCGCACAAGCUAUGGACUCAAACGCGGAAGCCACUAGCCUUAGCUCUCAACUCGCGUAUCUCCGAAGUGUUCGCCGUCGAUAUCCAUCCAGCAGCGAAGAUCGGGAAAGGUAUACUUCUCGAUCACGCAACCGGAGUUGUCAUCGGAGAAACGGCUGUGAUAGGGAACAACGUUUCGAUCCUCCACCACGUGACGCUCGGUGGAACAGGUAAAGCUUGCGGAGACAGGCAUCCCAAGAUCGGUGACGGUUGCUUGAUAGGAGCUGGAGCGACUAUUCUCGGGAACGUCAAGAUCGGUUGUGGAGCUAAAGUAGGUGCUGGAUCUGUUGUUCUGAUCGACAUCCCUCCACGAGCUACGGCGGUUGGGAAUCCGGCGAGACUCGUCGGAGGAAAAGAGAAACCGACGAUUCAUGAUGAGGAGUGUCCGGGAGAAUCGAUGGAUCACACUUCGUUUAUCUCGGAAUGGUCAGACUACAUCAUUUGAAAUUAUUACUGAGUUUUGUUGUGUUAAUCGAGCUUGUCGAGAUUAUAAGUUAAACGUGAUGAACUGUCUUUA